UAAUUAGAGCAAACCUACGCUGCUAGCUACCACCACCAACUACCACAACAGCAAGGACUAAACGUGGCCAAAGGAGUUCCUGAUCAAGAAAUCAGAUUUUCUAGGGUCUGGAAGAGUCAAUAUGUUGGAUCAGAUUCAUCUGCUGGCUGCCGUGACAGUCCUGGGAGUCCUGGAGCAAGCCUACUUCUUCCUCCAGGUGAUCCAUGCCAGGAGGGUGUUCGGCAUUUCUCCUCCAAAGAUCUCAGGCCCACCUGAAUUUGAGAGGAUCUUUCGAGCACAGGUGAACUCCUCUGAGUAUUUUCCCAUUUUCCUGGCACUUCUGUGGCAGGCUGGACUCUUCUUCCAUCAAGGUCUGGCUGCAGCCUUGGGUCUGCUCUAUCUCUACACACGCUACUGCUACUUUAUGGGAUACAGGGCAUCGUCCUCAAAAAGGCUCGCCCCGAUAUACUUUAGCACUGGAGUUCUCUGGAUUCUCGUUGCAGCGUCAGCCCUGGGCAUCUUGCAUUUCUUCCUCUCUCACUACGUGGGGCUGAACGUCCUCCAGCUUCUCACAGCGUGACCCGCUCCUCUGUCCCUCAUCGGUGUCCUGGCCUUGAGUCCUGCUCCCUCCUGCCCAUGGUAACAGACUGGCUGUACCUAAUACAGCACAAGCAACAAAUCCACCCUCAGCUGAGUUUUUAACACCUCCCUGCCCGCUGCCCAGCACCGGCACAAGCUGCUGAGCUCUUCAAGAGGUAUUUUUCCCCCACAGCACUCUUUGUGCCAAGCGCUCCAUAUCUGGCAGCUCCAUCAUGCCUGAUGCGGAAACAACACUCCAAAACAAGGAGAAUUUUAUGAAAACUGGACACAUAAAAGCAAACUCAUCUCAGCCUGAGCUUCCCAGUGUGCUGCCCCAGGGAAUCACUGUGUGUUCCCCUUCCUCCAGCAGCUCUGCCUUCAGCCCUGGCACUGAACGUGAGUUCAUGCCAGUUUUCCAAGGCCCACACCUAAGAAAGGCAUUUGUUUGAAACCAGAUGUGGGCUGGAGCAUAACGAAAGAGGCAAGGGAUAAACAGGAGCAGCCAUCAACAUGUUGUGUGAAAGUCUAUUAGUGCCCUCGUAACGGUUAUUAGCCAUUGCCUGUGGGCGAUAUUGUAAAUCAGACUGCGCAAAUUCAUAACCACUACUGCAUGUAUAACGGAAUACUGCUGAGCGACA